GAUCCGCGUGUGCGCGGAAACUGUUGCCACUGAGAGGUCUGAACUCGCGUCGCUAAGCCCCUUUUUGCGACAACUGAACCAGAAGAAAUCUCAAACAAGGGCGAGUCUAGACUUCGGCCUUGACCUGCGAGGGCUAUCUUUGUCUGGAAUAUUACUGAAUCCCUAACGGUUCUGUAUCCAAUCCGAUGGAGGGCCGAGGUGGAGUCGCCGUGCCGGCUUCAAUCCCCUCCGGCGACCAAAUGGUUUGGGCCGACGCCUCUCCCUUGAUUGCUGCCGCAUGCAGCGAGCUUCGUGAUGGGGAGCUUAUUCAUGGUGAGAAUUUCAAUUUAUUUGCUGCUAUGUCUGCUUUGGAGAUAAUGGAUCCCAAGAUGGAUCCUGGGAUGGAGAGAAAUGGUUUCCACUCAGUUGAAGAAGCCAUUGAAAAUGGUGCUGCUCCUAUUCCUUUCAGUUUAGAUAGGACAGUCGAUAUUCAAUGCUGUAUUGAUGUAAUGGACCACCUUUUGUCGUGUGAGGCGACAUGGCACAGGGGUCAUUCCUUGGCUCAGACUGUAUUUUCCUGCAUUUAUCUUCUGAGGAUUGAAAGAACAGCGGCACACCCAUUGUUGCAUUUAUAUUGCAGAAUAAUCCGUUCUACUUGUAAUGCUGUUAUUGCUGCUGUCUCCGAUGCACGUACACAUGAAGAAGAGGACUUUUUUACAAUGGCAUAUGGCUUGCCUUUGAAAGGAGAUGGGGAUGAAAAAUUCUCGUCACUUCUAAAUUCUGUGGAAGAAACAGUCUCUCGCCAACUACGUGCUUGUAAAGUUCAAGCAUCCAGGAAGAAGCCAUCUGAUGAUAUUGGGUCGCUACAAACCAGUUGUGAUCUUGAAGAAGGUUAUUGCCGAGCUGUUCUCUGCCGCUUACGUUUUCGUAAGCAUUUUUAUCAUGCCCUUGUGUGCAUGAGAAAGCCUCAAGGAAGGGGUCUCGAGUUGGCAAAAAAGCAUGCAAUAUCAUGUCUCUGUGAGCUUGCUUCUAUGUCAAAGUCAAUGGAAUUCCUCAGAUCUAAUGCUUGUAGAGCUAUUCCCGGUGAAAUUGAAUGUAAGACAACUGCGUCAGGAAGACAGCCAUUUGGUUUUGAUGCUAAUUUAAAUAGCAGAUUGUCUACUCCAACUCCUCCACGAGCAAUCCAAAUUCUCAGCUGGAAAGAAGCUAUUGAGUACUUUGAAAAGCUUCUGAAUGAUCUGGAUGCUGUUUUUUCGUUUCCACUUGAUCCGUUGCUGGAUAACAUUCUGCAGUUUUUGGUCCAAUUUCAGAAAUCACAACCUGAUCUAGUGGCAAGAGCUCAUCUCCAGCUUUUGUUAGUUCAAGAUGGGAAGUUAUAUGGGAAAUAUUCUUUCCAUGAGGUCAUUUCAAGGGAAUUAGCAGCGCCUGAAGUUGCAAGGGGUCAGACAUUUCAGGAAAAUGAAUUUGUAGUGCAGCUAGGUCUGCUGACGAUAAACUUGAUUAAAAUCCUCUGUACUAACAAUGCGUGGCAAAGGCGCAAACUUGGCAAGAUUUUACAGGAUUGGGGUGUUAUUUCAAUACAGCUUGACCUGGCUUUUAGAAGGGAUUUUGAUGAGACUUUGAAUGUCUCGGCUGAGGAGAUCCAAUUCAAGAGGCUGUCAAAGUGUCUCCUUGUUUGGACAGAACAUAAGAUGUACUGGAUUGCCUCUCGAUUUUUACUUCUGGGAUUCCAGUUAGAGCUAUACUCUUCUAAGGAAUAUUGUAUGGUAUAUUGGUAUAUGUAUGUUACUUUUGUGAUUCUUUUAGAGAAGAUGCAAGUGCCAAUCAACUACUCUGCAAUGCAAAGGCGGAUCAGCUGCUCUGCUGAUGACUCUCGGAGAAAAGGGAAAAAGAAGCGUGAUCUUGCUAAGGAUGUGGGUUUUGAUUUUGGUGGUGGGACUUCACCGGCGUGCAUGUUACUCCAAUCUUAUGUCCACAUUUCAGAAGGAUUGACCAUGAUGCUGGCAGCUUUGCAUAAUGAAAGACAGAUUUUUCAAAUUUUAAGCCCCUUUAAUACCGAGCAUGAGAGAUUUAUUCAGCACUUUGAGCUUCUGCAAAGGGCUAAUGUUCCUCCGCAUAUCUCCUAUCAUCAAUUCAAGGAAUCAACUACCAAUGUUCACAUCUCUAAUGUAGUUAAGCACAACCACUUCAGAGAUGCUCAAAGGAUUCUAGUCUCACUGAGAGGCAGCUUCGCCGGAGACUCAAUCAAAUUGUUAGAGCUCCGCCAGUUAGAGCAAGUUGUCGAACAAAAUCGUAUCGCUUUGAGCGUGAUCGACAGAGCCUGCAAGAGCGAUUCUUCUCUUGAAAUUACGUUCGAGUUCCAACACCACCCUUUCUUUCCGGUUGCAGUGGUCAAGAAAUCAUAAACAAUUUUGAGGGCAGAAACCAAUUUUGCAUAGUAAGGCUCAAGAACAAUUAAGCCAUGCCAUCAGUUUUAACUAUAGAUCGUUGACUCAAAAGUCCCAUUCAAAUUUUUUGAGAAGAUCAAUUUGUUUUGGAGAAGUAGAUCUUCUGUAUUCUAAUGCUUCUAUUUUUAUUAUUAUUAUUUUAAUUUAAUUUUGUAGUUUUGUGUAUUGACAUUUAGGUGGAAGCCUUUUGUAUUAAGAUAUUGGAAGAUUGAUGUAAUGAUAAUUGAAGA